AAAAUUAUACAAAUGACACUGAAGAAUCUGAAAAACCCAAAAAGCUUGAAGAACUCAAAGAGCUUAAAGAACCUGAAGAGCCUGAAGAAUUCAAAGAAUCUGAACCUGAAGAACCUGAAGAAUUGAAAGAGCCUAAGGAACAGUUGCAAGAAAAAUCACAAGGAAGAUCCUAA